AUGUGCAAAGGAACUGAUCUCGGCAAUAUUCAACUACUGGCUGCGGUCCAAAAAAACUACCCCGCAAUUUGUGCCGUCUACUUUCUCUCAUCCAUUGGGCUUGGGGACAACAUUCCCAUUGACGCAGCCAUAGCUCUGAAUCGUCGAUUUCUCGUUCCUUUACUGGGUAUCUGGCAACCUAUAGGGAUUGUUGUUGCAUCCGCUAUUGCCUUCGGCACUGCUGCUAAGUAUAGAUGCGACGUGGAAUUGCCCGCUUGUAACUCUGCUGGUCUUAAACCGGACGAUGCAUGUUGCACCGUCUUGAGUAAUAUGGGCUGGCGUUACGAAGUGAUUACUAUUGGAGCGAUUACAUUUAUUGUGUUUGUUGCCCGUUAUCUAGUAUUUACUUUCCAUGAAUCGCUGAAGUUCCUGAUCAGCCAGGGUCGCGAUCAAGAUGCUAUUGGCGUACUCCAUAGGAUUUCUAAGUUUAACAAAGCCCCUAUGCCGACACCCAGCCUCGCGGAAUUCCAGCUUACUGACUCAGACGCUGAUACAUAUCAGAGUCCUGAAGCGGCCACAUCAAGUGUGGUUGAGAGAUUCAGGUUUCUACGUGGUUUGUUCCUAUGCAAGCUUCAGUGUUUCACUUUUGCUCUCCUGGCCAUUGCCUAUAUGGGUGAUUACUGGUCCUUCACUCUAGCGGGCUCAUUCCUGCCAAUCGUAUUGCUCCGUGACAAUGGCAGCGGCGGUAACGUGACAGAGACCUAUCGUCAAUACAUUUACAUCUAUCUGCCGGGAAUACUUGGAGCUCUUACCGCGACACUGGCCUUAGAGUUAUCAGACUACCUAAAGCUGACAAUGCAGUACUUUAACGCGGUCCUGUAUGCCUCCGCCCCAGAAAUGUUCAAUACAACUUACCGUGCAAGCGCGAGUGGAAUGCUCUCUUGCUUAGGGCGUAUAACGAGUGUUGUGGCCCCAAUAGCUGGUCAAAGAUUUAUCGCGGAGGGGACGUCCGGUGUACUUUGGCUUGGAGCUGGUGGAAUCUGGUUGUCCGCUUUGUUUAUGUGCUUCCUGCCAAUUGAGAUGAGAACAAGACAAAUGUUCUAG